GGGGCCGCCGCCCGCAGCCCCGGCAGCAUGUCCGCCAAGGAGCGGCAAAAGGGCGCAGUGACCAAGGACAGCGUCACCCUCCUGCCCUGCUUCUACUUCGUGGAGUUGCCCAUAUUGGCAUCAUCUGUUGUUAGCCUCUAUUUUCUUGAACUUACUGAUGUGUUCAAGCCAGUUCACUCUGGAUUUAAUUGCUAUGAUAAGAGUCUGAGUAUGCCAUACAUUGAACCUACACAAGAGUCUGUUCCCUUCUUGAUGUUGCUUAGUCUGGUUUUUGCUGGACCAUCAAUUACGAUAAUGAUAGGAGAAGGAAUUCUUUACUGUUGCCUGUCCAAAAGAAGAAAUGGGAUUGGAACAGAGGCCAAUAUUAAUGCAGGAGGAUGCAACUUCAAUUCUUUUCUUAGAAGAGCUGUCAGAUUUGUUGGUGUUCAUGUGUUUGGCCUUUGUUCUACUGCUCUUGUUACUGAUAUUAUACAACUAUCAACAGGAUAUCAGGCACCGUAUUUCCUGACUGUUUGCAAGCCAAACUAUACAUCCUUAAAUGUAUCCUGCUCAGAGAAUUCAUAUGUUGUGGAAGAUAUUUGCUCAGGAUCUGAUCUUAGUGUUAUCAAUGCUGGAAGAAAGUCAUUCCCGUCUCAACACGCCACCUUGGCAGCCUUUGCAGCAGUGUACAUUUCGAUGUACUUCAAUUCUACGUUAACAGACUCCUCAAAACUUCUGAAACCACUCUUGGUCUUUGCUUUUAUCAUCUGUGGAAUUAUAUGUGGUCUGACUCGUAUCACCCAGUAUAAGAAUCACCCAGUUGAUGUUUACUGUGGCUUUCUCAUAGGAGGAGGAAUUGCUCUUUAUUUGGGUCUGUAUGCUGUGGGGAACUUCUUACCAAGUGACGAGAAUGUGUUUCACCAGAAUUUUCACAGAGAACCUCUAAGGUCUUUGACAGACCUCAGUCAAGACGCCAACAGAAUCCUGCCAGGUAAAAAUGGUAGCAGCAGUGACGGCAUUGUCUCUCACCGUGCAGAAGGUAUCCUAAACAGGAACCACAGAGAAUCAGGGUCUCUGACCAAUAUCAAGAGAGCAAAUGCUGAUGUAGAAAUAAUAACACCACGAAGCCCAAUGGGAAAGGAAAAUAUGGUUACUUUCAGCAACACUUUGCCAAGAGUCAAUACACCAUCCUUGGAAGAUCCAGCAAGACGAAAUGCAACAAUACAUGCAUCAAUGGAUUCUGCCCGUUCCAAACAGCUGCUUUCCCAGUGGAAGAACAAGAAUGAAAGUCGAAAGUUGUCACUGCAAGUAAUAGAGACUGAGUCUGGCCAGUCACCACCAAGGGCUAUUGAAAUGAGGUCAAGCUCAGAACCUUCCAGAGUGGGGGUAAAUGGUGAUCAUCAUGGCCCAACUAGCCAAUACCUGAAAAUUCAGCCUGGCAGUGUACCAGGCUGUAACAACACAGGUCUUUCUGGAGGGCCACGGGUCUCUAUUCAGUCACGUCCUGGCUCAUCCCAGCUAGUGCAUAUUCCUGAAGAAACUCAGGAGAACGUGAACACAUCACCCAAAAGCAGUUCAGCUAGAGCUAAAUGGCUGAAAGCUGCUGAGAAGAGUGUUGCAUGUAGAAGCAAUAGCCAGCCAAGAAUCAUGCAAGUAAUAGCCAUGUCUAAGCAGCAAGGAGUGCUUCAGGGCAGUCCAAAAAGUUCAGAUGGAAGCACAGUCACCUGUACAGGAGCCAUCAGAUAUAAAACUUUGACAGACCAUGAGCCAAGUAGCAUUGUCAGAGUUGAGGCCCAUCCAGAAAAUAACAGACCUGUAAUUCAGAUGCCAUCAGAAGGUGAAGGAAGUGGGUCAUGGAAAUGGAAAGGUCCUGAAAAAAUCACCCUUCGUCAGACAUAUGAGCUAAACGAUCUUAACAGAGACUCUGAGAGCUGUGACUCCUUAAAAGACAGUUAUGGGUCAGGUGACAGGAAAAGGAGCAACAUAGAUAACAGUGAGCAUCACCAUCAUGGAAUCACUACAAUAAGAGUCACACCAGUAGAAGGAAGUGAAAUUGGCUCAGAGACUCUGUCCAUUUCUUCUAGCCGGGACUCAACGCUUCGAAGAAAAGGGAACAUCAUUUUAAUCCCUGAGAGGGGAAGCAGUCCAGAGAACACCAGAAACAUCUUCUAUAAAGGCACAUCUCCCACACGAGCAUACAAGGAAUGAGGGGAGACAUAUCUGCUGGUCCGUACCACCACAAAGUAAACACAUCUUCACACAGGUUCUGCUCUCUACGUUUUGAGCUGAUACUUAUCUUUGAUGUGCCAACUUAUUGACCAGCAGCCCAACUGUUGUUGAACACUGGUGAUGUGCAACGUGUAUGAACCUGUGGAAAGCAUGUGGUGGGGGGGAAAGCACAAUGCCAGGACCUAACUAAUGUGAAACAUUUUCAUGCAGCUUGUUUCUUCAGACUCAAAACGUUUAUCUGAGGGUGAUGAUGUCAAUCAAAACAAUGGUCUUGAACACAGACACUUUAUUUCCUGAAUGUGCCAACUUUUUGAUUUAUUUAUAUUUGUGUCCAAAAUCAGCUGGAUUUUUCACAGCAAAGGCUGUAUCAGUGGUAUAUAUUCAACUUUGCAUAGUUUGCACCAAAUCUUUAAUACAGGAUGGUGCUGAUAACUUUACAUGUUUUGAAAAAUUGCAUACUUAUUAGACUCUACAAACACAUGACGUAUUGAUGUGCAGUUACUUUAAAAGUAUAUUGUUAGAACUAUGAUAAUGCUGGCUGCAUUCAUUUAGCUUAGGAAAUAUUUACAGCUUUGUUAUAGUGGAUCUGUCACAUUCAAAGAUUGCAAAGGUUUUGUGUAGUUCUUUAAGCUGUCUACUGCAACAAAAAAUGUGUGGAUGACAUUCCAUUAGAAUGGAAUAUCUAUCUAUUUUGAAUAGUUUUGCUGCUGCUGCUCAACUUCUGUUUAAGAACAGGUGCUACUAAUGAAGAGGCUGCUUCUUAGUGGGCUAACUUGUAGAGUUGUUUUAAAUUGUGUUUUUUAAGGGGUCUUUUAAAGCACUACAAGUUAUUCAGAUUUUACAUUUUUAAACAUCUUAUUCUGUUCUUCAGCAACCCUUCCAUUUUUGUAUGAGUUUUUAACCAUAUAAUGCAGGACACCAAUAACUGCAAGAUGUGCAAAUGUGAAAAGUGAGCCAUGAGUUAAUAAAAAUAAACAGCCACUUUCCUGACCAGCUUCCAAGGGCGCUAAUUAAUCUGAUAGCUCACACUUAGAAUCAUAGAAUCUCAGGGGUUGGAAGGGACCUCAAAAGAUCAUCCAGUCCAACCCUCCUGCCAGAGCAGGAUCACCUAGAGCACAUCACACAGGAACGUGUCCAGGCAGGUUUUGAAUGUCUCCAGCAAAGGAGACUCCACAACCUCUCUGGGCAGCCUGUCCCAGGGCUCUGUCACUCUCACAGUAAAGAAGUGUUUUCUGAUGUUUACGUGGAACCUCCUAUGCUCCAGUUUGCACCCACUGCCCCUUGUCCUAUCACUGGACAUCACUGAAAAAAUCCUGGCUCCAUCCUCCAGAGACUCCCCCUUAUUUGUAAACAUUGAUGAGGUCGCCCCUCAGUCUCCUCUUUUCCAAGCUAAAGAGACCCAGCUCCCUCAGCCUUUCCUCAUAAGGGAGAUG